UGGUAACAUUAUAUUUUUAGUCGGACAUUUUCUUCAUAAACCGCCUCGCAACUGGCGUGUUUGAUCUUUGCUGGUUAAAAGGAUAAAGGUUAUUCUUACGAAGAAAUGGCAGAAACAAUAGAUAUACUUAUCGAAGAAAAUUAUGAAGCAGUAAUAUCACGCUUAACUAAAAUACUUAAGACAAAUUCUGAUGAAGCAAUCGCUCGCGAUGAUAUUUUCAAAAUUGGAUUAUCAGGAGGAUCUCUUGUAAAUAUAUUGGUAGAGACUUUACCUAAUGUUACAACCGAUUGGAGCAAAUGGCGUUUUUUCUUCUGCGAUGAAAGAGUUGUUCCUUUUGAAAAUGGAGAAUCGACUUAUGGAUCAUAUAAAACGAGUCUUAUCGGGGUAAUUCCUAUAACUGAUGAUCAAUUUAUCAAAAUCGAUCCUGAACUUUCAGCCGAAGAAGCUGCAAGGGAUUAUAUAAAAAAAAUGUCUGUCUAUUUUCCACCCGACAGUUUACCAAAAUUUGAUGUAUUAUUAUUAGGAUUGGGACCGGAUGGACACACGUGUUCUCUGUUUCCUAAUCACAAACUCUUGGAUGAAACAAGUUUAUGGGUUUGUCCUAUUAAUGAUUCUCCUAAGCCACCAUUAUCUAGGAUUACAUUCACAUUUCCUGUUAUUAACAAUGCUAGAGUAUGUGUUUUUACUGUAUUAGGAGAUAGCAAAGCUAAGAUAGUCAAGAAAAUCCUGAAAGAUAAUGAAAAUUUACCGGCUGCUCGAGUCGAGCCAACCAAUGGUUCCUUAUAUUGGAUUUUAGAUGAAGAAGCGGCUAAACUUAUGGACUAACUUUCAAAUGAAAAAAAAAAAAUGGAUAAGAUAUUAAUUUAAGUGUUGUAACAUUCCAUGUUGUAUUUUUCCUUCAAUGCUCGCCAUGCUCUACGUUUUUUGAGCUUUUUAUUUUGUAUACGCAUACAAUUUGCAUAAAGAAAGAUCUAAUUAGAUAGAAACUUUAUAUUA